GCUAAAAUCUCAACUUGCUUGUUCAGUUGAAGUAGUCAAAGUGAAAAGUACAUUUGUGGUAAAGCUGAAAAUGCAAAAGUUUAUGAUUAAAGUUUAUGCCAAAGUUUUGUGCCCUGAUGUUGAAUACAAAACAUUAUCAGUAUCAAAGGUGACAACAUGCCGUGAAAUGGUUACCAUGUUAUUAAACAAGUUCAGGAUGAAACACACGGAUCCUAAUUUAUUUUACUUAACCAUGGAAAUAACUAUUCGUCGAACAGGAACACCUAUUCGGACUGUUAUUGUUUUGGAUGAUAUGAGCUGUCCAGCCCAGAUCCAGGAAUCAUAUCCUCAUCAAGAUAUCAAAUUCUCCCUGGUAACAAGACGAGGUGGAUUGGUUAAAGUUUAUGACAGUUGUCUCAUGUCAGCGUCCUUAUAUAAGAGCCUUCUCAUAUCGGAUUACACUACAGUUUCAGAGCUAAUUCAACUAUUACUUCAUUGUUACGAUUCAGAUUCAUCGCCUUCCCAUUUUGCCUUAUACGAAGUUUGUCCCCAGAAAAAGUGGGAAAGGAGGUUACAUGAGAAUGAAUUACCCUUGAUGAUUCAGAAAGAAUGGACAAUAGGAGAUUUAUAUUUCUUUCAAUUACGACUUAAUUAUGAUGAGCAACUUCAACGGAGAAAAGUGAAUUGGAAUCGCAGUUCAACUUCAUCAUCUUCUUCACGUAACUUAUCUUUUUGCGACUAUAAAGACGAUUCUUUACCUUCAUCAGUCAGUUCGAGUCCAUCACUUCAAAUGUACAACCAGUUUCACAUUGACACCUAUUUUUACGUUUAAAACAAUGGAAAUGGACAAAGAUUGGCAAAUUUUGACUCUAUUCAAUUGGAUUUAGCUUGAUUGACUCUGGAUCAAAUGCAUCUUUCAACAACGCUAAUAGUUUGGGUUCAAUUUUGAAGCUCAUUCUUGUAUCUCACUAUUUCAUUGAAUCUGAUUAUCUGGAGUUAAUAGGAAGGUUGAUUGAAAUUGCUGCUAGUCCUAUUUGCAAAAAUAUUAUGUUUCUAUCAAUUUGGACUCAUUUGAUUCUCACUUUACUUCACCUUUCAUUUAAUCUCCAUUCAAGUUUCCACCAGAAUAGAAAAUUUAUUGACUAGACUUUCUCAUCGAUUGUGUUUGUAAAUCAAAUGUUCAUUGUGGAAAUUUGAACGAAAUUUGUCUCCAUUUGUUCAUAUCUUUUUUACCUCAAAAAUCACAUUGAUUCUGUUAAUGUUUUUGUUUCUCGCUGGAGAAUUUGAUAAUCAACUGAAAUCAAUCAAAAAUUUCUCCAUCAAAACCAUUUGUACUUUUCUUGACUAUUUAAAUCAUUCAAUUUAAUCUUUUUUUCUUUGUAAAAAUAGCAAUUUAAUAAAAAUUUUCAUUGAGCAGA